AAAAUGCUUUAAACCUGCAAAAGUGCUUUCUUAGAGCCACUUCUAAGAGGGCUCCAUAACACAUGGAAAAAAGUCUUUUCUUUUCCAAACCUACAAAUAAUUUCUUAGUAACCAACUAUGUUCAUCAUUUGAUAAACAUGCAAAACCCUAAUCAACAGCCUCAUGAGAACUCAUCAAGAAGUCAAUCACCAGAAAAUGGUGAUCCAGUUUCUGAUGCCAAGUGGGCUUCUAGGCUUCUCCGGGAGUGUGUUACCGCGAUUUCUGAGAAAGAUUCAACCAAGAUCCAUCACUUGUUAUGGAUGUUAAAUGAGCUUGCUUCUCCCUAUGGUGAUUGCAAUCAAAAAUUGGCAUUUUAUUUCUUGCAAGCCCUUUUUUGUAAGGCCACUGAUACUGGCUUGAGGUGUUACAAAACCCUAACUUCAGCUGCUGAAAAGAGCAAAUCUUUUGAUUCAUCUAGGAAAUUGAUCCUAAAGUUUCAAGAGGUAAGUCCAUGGACAACUUUUGGUCACGUUGCAUCAAAUGGUGCAAUUUUAGAAGCAUUAGAUGGUGAGAGUAAGCUUCAUAUAAUUGAUAUAAGUCACACUUUUUGUACUCAAUGGCCAACUUUACUAGAAGCUUUAGCCACGCGAAACGACGAAACACCACAUCUAAAACUCACAGUUGUUGUCACGGAAAGUACGUUAGUGAAAUCAGUUAUGAAAGAAGUAGCACAAAGAAUGGAGAAAUUUGCUAGGUUAAUGGGAGUGCCUUUUGAGUUCAAUGUUUUAGGUGGAUUGAACAACUUGAAAGAACUCACAAAGGAGAGUUUGAAUAUUAAAGAAGAAGAAGCAGUGGCAGUUAAUUGCAUUGGUGCCUUGAGAAAAGUUGAAGUAGAAGAAAGGGGAGAUGUUAUAAGAAUUCUUCAAUCACUUAACCCUAAAGUUGUGACAAUAGUAGAACAUGAGGCUGAUUUUUCUAGCACAAGGAAUGACUUUGUUAAGUGUUUUGAAGAAUGCCUUAGGUUCUACACAUUAUACUUUGAGAUGCUUGAUGAAAGCUUUCCAAUCACGAGCAACGAAAGGCUUGUGAUCGAAAGGGAAUGUUCCAAAAGCAUAGUUAAGGUUUUGGCUUGUGAUGAUCAAAUUGGUGAAGGAGAUGGUGAAACAAGAGAAAGAGGAAAUCAAUGGUCUGAAAGGCUUAGAGAGUUGUUUUCUCCAUUUCCACUCAAUGAUGAUGCUGUUGAUGAUGUUAAGUCCUUGCUUAAGAGAUACAAGGCUGGAUGGUCACUUGUGCUACCACAAGAAAAUCAAGAGUCACCUGGAAUUUACUUGACUUGGAGAGAUGAACCUGUGGUAUGGACUUCAGCAUGGAAACCCUGGGAAAAAUCAAUGGAGCGACAUGAUCAGUGAAGAUUCGUAAUAGUAAUGCUCAGUCGGACGUGCUUGGAAUUGCAACGUAGUUAUUAUAGCCUUUAACUUACAACAAGCUAAAGCAUGAUACCAUUUGAUUUUUCUAUUUUUGGAAUCCAAGAGCUAAGCUAGAGUUUCCUUUUAGCUUUUUUUUAUUUUUCAAUUCCUUUCUAUCUUUCUCUUCUAAUGGAUCUUGCAAACAUAUAUAUAGGACUAUUACUACUAGAUAUAACCUUCAUUUCAUUUUCUACCUUUUAGAUUCAACAACACUAUAAUGCUUUGUGCCUGGGAGUUUGUAUUGCUUUCUUUCUUUUUGCUUGUUUUUCUCAAUCUCUUCUUGGUGAAAGUUUUUGCAUCUGUACUAGCUUUUUCAAAUUAUGGUUUCUUUUUCA